AGAGAUCGGAGCCUCGCGCCUCCCUUACGUCCUGAUGGAGCCGGCGCCUAUCGGCUACCUCGUCUUCGGAUGCCUCAGCACCCUCCUCCUCCUGCUCUGCUUCCACCGCUUCUUGCGAGCGUCGACGCGGGAAAGGAAGACCGGCGGUGUCUCGAACACCGCCCGUGAAGCGAAUCUCCCUCGCGCCGUCGAGCUCACCACCACCGUCCUCCCGGCCUUCUUCCGAGGAGGAGCGCCGCCCGCGAACACCGCCUCGGUCAGCGCGAAGCUCGAGGGCGCCGCCGCUGCUGCCCGCCUGCUGCGCGCGAGGGUUCAGGGCGGGCUGCUCUUCGCGGCGGCGUCCUUCCUUAUCUGGGGCCUGCCGCCGAUCGUCUUCGGCGCGGCGUCGCUGCCGUGGCCCGGCUCCUCUCCACUCGUCCCGUGCAAGGACGCCAUCGUGGUCGCGGCCUCGGCGGCGCUGUGCGCUCUGAGGCCCGACGAGGGCCGCGCCAUCAGCGCGGGCUACAUCUGCGCGGUCGCCCUCUCGGUGGUGAUGGCGGUGGCGCACGUGGCCCUGCUGGGCUGGUACGACGGCGAGAGCAUGGCGCUCGGCGGCUCCGCCGAUGAGAAAUGGAGUGACUCCCUCGCCCUCACCAUCGCCGCUUCGUACGUCGCGGCCGCCGUGGCGCUGCCGCUGCUCUGGCGCAGCUCUCCGCCGCACGAGCGGCUGCGGCGGCUCAUCUCGCCGGUCCGCGCCGUCUUUGCCGUCGACGGGGUGCUCAACGUCACGUAUUGGGCGAUGCGCACCGCCGGCAAGGCGGGCGACGGCAGCUGCAGCCCGGGCCGAUGCGCCGUCGGCCUGCUCACCGGCAUGCUGUAUCUCUGCUGCGCCACGGUCGUGCUGCACCGGCGCGUGCGCGGUGCCGCCCUCGCCGCGCUGAGCCGGCUCGGCGCGACACGCGAAGAGCGCAACGCGGCGGUCGUCGCCUCGCUCUGCUCGAUGGGUCAGCUCUCCCGCGCCGAGCUGCUGCCGCUCGCCGAGGCCAACUUCCGCGCCAUCCGGUUCGACCGGCUGAAGCGAGAGGACCUCGCCUCGGCCCUCGGCAGCGAGGGAGGCGGCGGCCUCGCGGCGCGCACGCAGCCGUGCAGUUUGGGCGCGUGCGACGCCUUCCUCUCUCACAGCUGGCACGACCCCGAGGCGCCAAAGUGGGCGGCGCUCUGCAGCUGGGCGAGGCGCUUCGAGGCGGAGGAGGGGCGGCCGCCCACGCUCUGGCUCGACCGCGCGUGCAUCGACCAGUCGCGGAUCGCCGACUCGCUGCCCUGCCUGCCGGUCUUUGUGGCGGGGUGCAAGACGCUGCUCGUGCUGGCGGGCCCGACGUACGCGUCUCGCCUCUGGUGCGUGAUGGAGCUCUUCACCUUUAUGGCGAUGUCUGCGGACUCGCACCGCAUCUGUGUCGUGCCGCUCGCCGCGGGCGAGUCGGAGGGCGCGAGGCGCGAGGCGCGGCAGCAGCUACUGGCCUCCUUCGACCGCUUCGACGCCGCGCACGCGCGCUGCUUCUUGCCGCAAGACCGCGCCGCGCUCCUCUCCGUGAUCGAGAGCACGCUGCAGCUCGACGAGUUCAAUCGCUGGGUGAGGUCCGUCUUUCGCGAGCGGUCGCGGCGCACGAGCGGCGCCUCCGCCUUACCCGUCGAGCCGAGCGAGGAGCCGAGCCAGCUUCUCGAGCCGAGCGAGCUGGAGCCCGCCGGAGAGCCGCCGGGGGGUGGGUCGGACGAGGUCGUGUGACACGUUGAGUGGCUGCGCCGAGUACGUUGCUGGUAUCUUUCCCUGUGUCCUGUGUGCAAACUCAGCUGUUCUAUC